CGUGCGGGGUCCCGGCGUCGGCGGCGCGCGCGCUCCCUCCUCUCAGAGAGAGGGCUGUGGUAAAAGCCGUCCGGAAAAUGGCCGCCGCCGCCGCUGCCGCGCCGAGCGGAGGAGGAGGAGGAGGCGAGGAGGAGAGACUGCUCCAUAAAAAUACAGACUCACCAGUUCCUGCUUUGAUGUGACAUGUGACUCCCCAGAAUACAUCUUGCUUCUGUAGACCAGCUCCAACAGGAUUCCAUGGUAGCUGGAAUGUUAGGGCUCAGGGAAGAAAAGUCAGAAGACCAGGAUCUCCAAGGCCUCAAGGACAAACCCCUGAAGUUCAAAAAGGUGAAGAAGGAUAAGAAAGAAGACAAAGAGGGCAAGCAUGAGCCCCUGCAGCCCCCGGCUCACCACUCCGCUGAACCGGCAGAGGCAGGCAAAGCGGAGACCUCAGAAGGCUCGGGCUCGGCCCCAGCUGUACCGGAAGCCUCUGCCUCCCCCAAACAGCGGCGCUCCAUCAUUCGUGACCGGGGACCCAUGUAUGAUGACCCCACUCUGCCCGAAGGUUGGACCCGAAAGCUCAAGCAAAGGAAGUCGGGCCGCUCCGCUGGGAAGUAUGAUGUGUAUUUGAUCAAUCCCCAGGGAAAAGCCUUUCGCUCUAAAGUGGAGUUGAUUGCGUACUUCGAAAAGGUAGGCGACACCUCCCUGGACCCUAAUGAUUUUGACUUCACGGUAACUGGGAGAGGGAGCCCCUCCCGGCGAGAGCAGAAACCACCUAAGAAGCCCAAAUCUCCCAAAGCUCCAGGAACUGGCAGAGGCCGGGGACGCCCCAAAGGCAGCGGCACUGCGAGACCCAAGGCAGCGGCAUCAGAGGGUGUGCAGGUGAAAAGGGUCCUGGAGAAAAGUCCCGGGAAGCUGCUCGUCAAGAUGCCUUUUCAAGCUUCACCCGGGAGCAGGGCCGAAGGGGGCGGGGCCACCACGUCCACCCAGGUCAUGGUUAUCAAACGCCCUGGCCGGAAGCGAAAAGCCGAGGCCGACCCCCAGGCCAUUCCCAAGAAGCGGGGGCGCAAGCCAGGCAGUGUGGUGGCGGCCGCUGCCGCCGAGGCCAAGAAGAAAGCCGUGAAGGAGUCUUCCAUCCGCUCCGUGCACGAGACCGUGCUCCCCAUCAAGAAGCGCAAGACCCGGGAGGCCGUCAGCAUCGAUGUGAAGGAGGUGGUGAAGCCCCUGCUGGUGUCCACCCUGGGCGAGAAGAGCGGCAAGGGACUGAAGACCUGCAAGAGCGCCGGGCGGAAGAGCAAGGAGAGCAGCCCGAAGGGGCGCGGCGGCAGCGCCUCGUCGCCCCCCAAGAAGGAGCACCACCACCACCACCACCCGGAGCCCCCGAAGGCACCGGCGCCGCUGCUUCCGCCCCCGCCCCCGCCCCCGCCCGAGCCGCAGAGCUCCGAGGACCCCACCAGCCCCCCUGAGCCCCAGGACUUGAGCAGCGGCAUCUGCAAAGAGGAGAAGAUGGCUAGAGCGGGCUCGCUGGAGAGCGACGGCUGCCCCAAGGAGCCGGCUAAGACUCAGCCCGCGGUCGCGACCGCCGCCACGGCCGCAGACAAGUACAAACACCGAGGGGAGGGAGAGCGCAAAGACAUUGUUUCAUCCUCCAUGCCAAGGCCAAACAGAGAGGAGCCUGUGGACAGCCGGACGCCCGUGACCGAGAGAGUUAGCUGACUUUACCCGGCGGAUCGCAGAGCAAACCAACAAGAAUAAAGGCAGCUGUUGUCUCUUCUCCUUAUGGGUAGGGCUCUGACAAAGCUUCCCGAUUAACUGAAAUAAAAAAUAUUUUUUUUUCUUUCAGUAAACUUAGAGUUUCGUGGCUUCAGGGUGGGAGUAGUUGGAGCAUUGGGAUGUUUUUCUUACCGACAAGCACAGUCAGGUUGAAGACCUAACCAGGGCCAGAAGUAGCUUUGCACUUUUCUAAACUAGGCUCCUUCAACAAGGCUUGCUGCAGAUACUACUGACCAGACAAGCUGUUGACCAGGCUUCUUAGGGUAUGCCUGCACCUCCCCUCCCAUCCGACCUCACCCCGCCCCCCCAUGUGGUCAUUAGGGACAGAGAGUGCCAUUGGUGCCCCCGUCUCCGCUCUCCUCUCCCCGCCAACCCUGCCCCACCCCCACCCUCCGGCUCCCCCGCCUUCCCCAUCCCCACCCACACUGGGACAAGGAGGUGUGAGGCAGGAGAGACAGGUGGAUCCUUUAGAGAAAAAGACGAGAGAUGGCCAGUGGCUACAGCCCCUGCGUGAUCUCACCCAUGGUGGCACAAAUCCGGCCCCACGCCGGUCCCAACCCAAAACUGACUAGGAUAUUUCACAGGACAGGGAAGUAGCACCUGUUUGCUCCAGUUCUGGCCUGGCUAGGAGGGGGUCAGUCCUUGUGCUGCUGGAUGCAGACUGGCCGGAGCCAGGUGAGAGGAGGGCGCAGGGCCACUCUCCCGUGAGUGGCAUGAGAGAGAGAGACAGAGAGCGGGAGGGCUGGGGGCAUGGCAGCAACAGGACGAGGCACAGGCCGGCUGGCCCCGGGCUCCUGGGCUUCUCCGGGUGGCGGAGGGAGGUGGGGCCGAUGGAAUUCCUAGUCACUCCGAGCGGUCUGUGGCUGGUAGGUAGAGGCCUAGUGGGCAAGGUGGGGCGCCAGCGGGAAAGAGGGGAAAAUGUUCUUCCAAAACUUUCCAAUUCUACUCCUUUAGGGACAGCGUAGAACUAUUUGCACUAUUGAGUCUUCAUGUUCCCACUUCAAAACAAACUUGCUCUGAGAGCAAACGGGCUUGAAUUGGUGACACUUUGUCCCUCGAGCCACCAGACGUGACGGUGUUCACAACUACCUGUACCUGCGCUUGUUUUAAAGUGGGCUCAGCACAUAGGGUUCCCACGAAGCUCCGAAACUCUAAGUGUUUGCUGCAAUUUUAUAAGGACUUCCUGAUUGCUUUCUCUUCUGUCCUUCCAUUUCUGCCUUCUUUCAUUCAUCCUUUCAUUUCUUCCCCUCCUUGUUCAUCCCCUCGGUACCAGGUACCCGCAGCUCCCAGCUUUACCUGAGCUGAUGCUGGCCAGCUUAGGCCACCAGAUCACACCCUGCCCUUGGCCUUCCCACUGCCAGCUCUAGCGCUAGCCCCACCCCAUUUCGAGCCCUGAGGAAGCCCCAGGCUCUGCUGAGUCCUCCUGGCCCUAAGGCCUUGGCCUCUCCGAAGGGCAAGAGGGCCAAGAGGGCGGCAAGGUCUCGCUCGCUUAGGGAGCGCCCUUCCCUUGGGCAGACCUUGGAUUCCGGGCCUUCCCAACCUUCCACUCGAGAGAAGCAGGCAGGAGAAGUUGGGCAGAUUUGGAUUUGGGAGCUGAGGGUAGCACAGAGGCCCCCGUGGCCUGCCAUAGUCCUCAAGUAGCCCAGCCCUGACCUUGGCCUCAGCCAGGCCCAGCUAGCAUAGUGUGGUGCGACGACGCAGCCGAUGGGAAGAAAUGCAGCUGCCCCAGGCCUGAGCUGGCCCCCCCGGCCUCUCUGCUCCUCCCGUAAGGUAACCACGAGUUCUCCUCUGGUGGGAGACAUCUGCCUUUGGCUGGAGACUGGGUGGGGCCAGCGUAUGACACAUGUCCACCUCUGUGCCGGGGGACGGUGUGGGGGCCGAGAGGCUUGGCUUUGCUGUGGGUGUUCAUUGCUCAGUCUCCGUUUGGGAGCCCGUCCUGCGUUCUGUGUUCAGGAAGUCCUUAUCUAGCUGCACAUCGUCAUCAUACUGGUCUGUCCUUUUCUGUGUUUACAGAGAUGUCUCUUGUAUCUAAAUCUGUCCACCUGAGAAGUACCUUAUCAAAGUAGCAAGUGAGACAGCAGUCUAAUGCUUCCAGAAACACCCACAAGCACGCCCCAUGCGAGCUGCCGCCAUGAAUUGUCAAGUGCGUGUUGUCUUGUGUAUUUCAGUUACUGUCCCCUGGCUUCCUUACUGCGGCGUAACCAUGAAGGAGUGAAACACCCUAACCGUCCAGCACUUCCUUGCCAGCCCUUAGUGAUCAGGAACCAUAGCUGACAGUUCCAAUCAGUAGCUUAAGGAAAAAACGCGUUUGUCUCUUCCAGAAUGGUUAGAAGCAAGGGAGUUUUCCCCCAUUGUGUUUGCAGAAUCAUAGUUGGCCUUUGUAGCAUUUUGGUACCCAUUUCCUUACACUGCGAAAGCAAGUCCCACAACCAGACCCGCCCUGCUGUUGGCCCUCUGGGCUUCACUUCUGACUCCUCCCUAGGAAGGGAAGGGGGGUCGGAGGAGGGGGCAAGUCCUUCAGGAUCCCUCUUCCUUCAAGGACAAAAGGCUCCUGACCCUGAAGGGGCCUUGCACUCCAGGCACCCACAAAGGAUGCCUGUCCACGCGAGUACAGUGUCCGGCCAGUUUGUCCUGGAGAUGCUGUCCGUUCGGGUCGGUUGGGUUUUUAUGCAUUAAACUUAGUCCAGUGGAAUAAGUGUCUGGAACCAGUGUCCAGAGCCGGCCUCUCCGUCAGCUCAGUACCAUCUGGUCCUGGGAAGAAGAGUGUGGGGCCUUCCACGCCCCUUUUCCACCCGAGACCGUUCAGGGGCUGACUGGGCAUUGGUGGUUGAGAGCACAGCGUUUCAAGUAUCAUUUCCUUUUGGCCCAGCCUGACCUUCAGCCCCCUCGCUCCCCUGCUGCUUCUUAUAGUUCCAAAGCUACAGGCAGCCCCUGAGGCUCCUUGGGGUUUUCUUGCCCCUCCCCUUUCUUCCUCGGUCCCUCUUUUUCACCUAAUAAAGGCAUCACAAGUAAGUCACCAUUAAGCAGGUCGCCUUGGUGGUUUGUUGCCCUGGCAGGCAGGGGCCCUGCAGCUCCUGUACGACCCCGGUCCUGGGUCAGGUUGACAGGAGGUUGGAGGGAAAGCCAGGCCAUGGGAUUCUCACCAGCUAUGUCCAGCCCAGUUUGGGGGUGUGACCUUGACUUUGUGUGUGCUUGAACAUCACAAAGAUUGGGGGCAUCUUUUAGGGACUGUGUGAAGAAUUUAGAAACUAACAGCUUUCAGACGCCUGUUGUAGGGGUAGGUCACAGUCACUUUUGGUCUCCCCAACCCUGAUUCUAGUUGUUAGUUACUACCUCCUCUCCCAACAGAAUCCUGUAUGCCCUUGAGCUCCUCCCACAAUGCCCAGCCCAGCUCUGCCCUGCCCUGCCCAUUGGUCGGCCUGCCCUAACCAGUGGAAUCGCUGGCCUUGACACUGUAGUGAACCAGGGCACUGAGCCACAGCCAGGCUCAAAGCAGGCUUCUGCUGCUACUCUAUUCCCAUUAUCAGAAGGCACAGGCGACACCUAGAAACGCCCUGUUCCCCAGUCCGUCCGUGCCAAACUACCCAAGGACCUCAGCUCCCUCAGCUCCCGGGAAGGGGAAAGCCGUGGUGGUGGCCCAAGGACACUGGCCACAGCUGGCACCAGGUUUCUACUCCUGAGACCCCCCCCCCGUGCGGGGAUGGGGAACAGUCUGUUCAGGGGCACCAUUCCAGGCUAAAGGCCGCAGACGGUGGCACCAGGACCCAGAGCCAGGCCCAAGUUGUCACCUGCUCUUCCGUGCAGCUUUUGGUUGCUGACAGGGAUCGUGAACGAAGGUACGAGCGUGCAACAAGCUAUGGUGCUUGGGGGGAAAGGAGUUUCUUUAGCUGACAGGACCUCUGGAUUUCAGUAACUUAGCUGCAGCAGCGCAGGAGGGAGCCACAGGUAUAACCAGGUGGAGCCUGGCAGCCAGGCUCUGCGCCCCCUUCCCGCGCCCCCUUCCCAGAGCUCUGCACUUGGAGCUCUGGGAGGGCAGAGCCAGGGAAGGUCACUGGGCUGGUUCUUGGAGAAACCGUUUGUGCAUCCUUUUCUAGUCAGUGUUGCUCUGAAUUGUUCCCUAAUGGGAGUUUCACGCACAGAUUUUAGGACUGAUGGCCCAGCCCUCAGCAGGCAAGCUGCGUUUAGAGCCCUGUGGCUGUUUGCCUGGCCGGUUCCCAGAGUCCUGGCUCAUGGUGUCGGGGAAGGGGGCAAGCAAGGCAGCGUCGCCUGGCCUGCGGUGGAGCCCCUGCGCCUGCGGCCCCACCGUGUCGCAUUCCUAGUCUUACUGUGUUCCCUGUAAGGGCCCCACCUUUGCUCUCCCCAGCAGUAAACUCGUCCACUCCGGAGGGGUUUGUCGAGUCUCCAUUUUUGCGUCUUUCUCUUUCAGAUGCUGUUUCAGUCUUUAGAAGAGGCAUAGUCUAAUUGUUAUAUAUCACUAGGAUACUGCCUCCCCCAGGGUCUAAAGUUACAUAUUAAGGGGGGAAAACUGAACAACAACAAUUCAGAAGGAAAACCUAGACAACAUUUGGCAGAAAAUUGCAUUUCGAUGUUUCCGAACGAGUAAGAGCAAGCUUUUGCAAAACUGCCGAUCUAAAAAUAUUUGGAGCUUGGCCUGCCAUGUUUGUGCUACAGGAAAAGGGGAGUCCAGCCUGAAGCAGCUGGAUCUGAGACUCGGGGCUGUCCUAGCACUGAAGAGCCCCCUGCCUGUGGGGCUGCCUGCCUGGCCCCCCAGCUGUAGAAGCCCGGCGCUUGGUGUGGGAAGCGGUGUCACCAGUGACUCCGGAGGCCUGCGACGCCCUCACCAUCCUGCACCACCUGUUUCUUGCUCCUUUCUCAUCUCUGCAGGAUGUGCCCCAAGUGCUGAUUUGUUGGGGGAAAAGGGAGUUCUGACUGGUGCCCCCGCAACUAGGAAGGUGAGGGUGAGGUCUCCCCCUUGGUCUCUGCCUGUCCCCUGAGGACGUCCCCCCUGGUCUGCUGUCCUUGGGGCGGAGGGUCUAGGUGAAGUGAUGCGCCUUUCUGCACUCAGAGGUGACGACAGAGGCCUGAGCGCGUCCUGUGAUGUGUGUCCCCCUCGCCCCUCACCAGCGAGAGCCCGUGGGCCUGAGGGAGGGCAGGCACAAGAGCAGGUACCGAGACCCUCACCAAGGGAAGUUCGGCCUUUGAGUCUGGAGAGCAUUAGGGAAACUUGCAAAUUGCCUUUGCUUCCCUGCCCCCCUUCUAGCUUACCUUUUCUCAGGUCCUCAGCAGCGAGAGACAAUGAGAUGAAAAGGCCAAGAGGUUUGGCUCCUGCUCACUGGUAGUCCCUCUCCCUUCAGUGUUUGUGUGUCCAGUGACAAAGGUGUUCUUCCUGGUGACCCUGAUUAUAUCCAGUAUCUUAGAUGCUAUACGCAUAGGCCUGCUUGGUCUCCUCUAUCCUGGGCUUUUGUUUUGCUUUUUAGCUUUGCUUUUAGUUUUUCUGUCCCUUUUAUUUAAUGCACCGACUAGACACACAGAGCAGUUGAAUUUUUAUAUAUAUAUCUGUAUAUUGCACAAUUAUACACUCAUUUUGCUUGUGGCUACACACACACACACACACACCUGUUAAAAUUAUACCUGUUGCUUAAUUACAAUAUUUCUGAUAACCAUAGCAUAGGACAAAGGAAAAUAAAAACAAACAAACAAAAAACAAAAAAAAAAAAAACAAAAAAAUACCACAAAAAAAAAAAAACUACAAGUCUGUCUGCUGGUCACUUCCUCUGUCCAAGCAGAUCUGUGGUCUUUCCUCGCUUCUUUCAAGGGCUUCCCUGUGCCAAGCGAAGGAGGCUCCGGGCAGCAUCCGGGUUUUGCACUGUUUCUCCCAUGCUUGUGAGAGAGGUCCCGGGAUGCUGGCGCGGGACAGUUCACCUCAGCGGGCGGGUGUAGGAGCACUUCCUUGCCCUGGCAAAUUCUGGAAUGUAGCUGGUACCGCCUGGCCCCCUGCGACCUCCGCGUGGGGCAGCUGGAGUGCACCAGGGAGGGGCUGGCCUGACCCACCCCCAGCCCUCCCAGGGGCGCAGGCAGAGCGCUCCUGCGCAGCCAGCCAGCUCGGCGGGCCUCCCCGCCAGUAGGGCUUCCACUUCGCUGAGGCUGGAGGGCAGAUGGGAGGCCCAUCACAUCUCUGAAUGUGUGAGUUGCACCGGGUAGACACCAGGGACCCCACAACCCCAUACGAGAGUCCACUGGGUCCCCUCUAGGAGGUAGCAAAGACUCCAGAAACACCCUUUCUCUUUUCCCCGAUCCUACGAGUAACUGCAUUUGCUUUUGUAAUUCUUAAUGAGCAAUACCUGCUAGAGAGUUUAGCCGUAACAGUUCUUUUUGAUCAUUUUUUUAAGUAAUUAAAAAACACCAAAAAAAAAACCAACCACCACCACCACCACCCAGAAACUCGUUCUUCCAAAGCAGAGAGCAUUAUAAUCACCAGGGCCAAAAGCUUCCCUCCCUGCGUCGUUACUUCUUCUGAGGCCUGAACCAAAAGAGAAACACUCGUAAGCCGUUCGGGUGGCCGGGCUGCCCGCGUGCCCCUCGGAGGACCCAAGCUGGGGCAGCCUCUGGGCCCAGUCUGGGGCCCGCUCCCGCCUGCGCUCAGUAUUAGCAGUGGGUCGCCGUGUCCUUGCCCGCCCAGCCCGGGAUGGGGGCGGAGGAGGCGAGGAGGCCGUUGCUGCUGCUGCUUGCCGCUAACAGGUGGGUGUCCGCAUGUGUCCACGGGUGCGCUCUCCGACUGAGAUCCGAAAUCGGCACCCAACUUAGCCUCACCCGGUGACCUCCUGCCCGCCUGGACGGAGCAGGGCCCACCCAGUUGAGUGUUUCUGGGGAGCUGGACGGUGGAGUGCAAAAGGCUUGCAGAACUUGAAGCCUGCUCCUUCCCUUGCUACCAAGGCCUCCUUUUCCGUUCGAUUUGUCACUGCUUCAAUCAAUAGCGGCCGCUCCAGAGUCAGUAGUUGCUGAAUAUUUGACCAAAUAUCACCAGGACUGUUACUCAGUGUGUGCCGAGCCCUCUCGUCGCGCUGGGCUCCCGUGUACCCGGACACUGUAACGUGUGCUGUGUUUGUACACGUGUUUGCUCUCCUCUCCUCCCUCAUCCUUCCAUCGUUUCUUCUGGGGCUUUUCUGUUUGGGUUUGGUUUGGUUUUUAUUUCUCCUUUUGUGUUCCAAACAUGAGGUUCUCUCUACUGGUCCUCUGAACUGUGGUGUUGAGGCUUAUAUUUGUGUAAUUUUGGUGGGUGAAAGGAAAUUUGCUAAGUAAAUCUCUUCUGUGUUUGAACUGAAGUCUGUAUUGUAACCAUGUUUAAAGUAAUUGUUCCAGAGACAAAUGCUUCUAGACACCUUUUCUUUACAAACAAAAGAAUUUGGAGGGAGGGGAUGGUGACCAAGAUGAGAGGGGCUGUCCUUCUUCCCCAGGAGGGGAGAUCCGAAGAGGUGACCCCGGCCCCGAGCAGCCAGAUGCCACCCGAAGUAAUUAAGCCUAAGCCAACGGACCAAGCAGCUGAUGUGUUGCCAUUUUCAAAGUCAGAGCAAAAGCAGGUUUUGUUCCACCCAGUGGAUUCUAUUGCCUUUCCCCCAAACCCCGAGAUUAUUAGCAUCAUCAUUAUUUUUAAGGACAGACGAGGUUGAUGUUCCUUCAAAGGGAGACAGGAGGGGUGUGACAGAGCCGACCUUGCCUCAGUGGGAGAGGCAUAGGGCAGGCCUGAGGAGCAGAGCUCAGGUUACAGGUGGCCGUCUACCUGGAGACCUCCGCUGUGGCCACGGGUCCGGUGUAUGUUGACAGGACCGAUGGGCCACUCUCCACCUGACGCAGCUCCUCCUGGACGGGCCAGGUGGUGGGCGGUACCGUUCAGGACAACCCCCCCCCCAUCACAUCCCACCAGAGUACAGAGUCCCAGAGUACACAACAGUAACGUGACCUCUAGAUUCUUCACCGUCCUGGGUGAUGGGACAAUGGUGGAGGGGGUGCACUCUCUUUGCUGUCAUCUGAUCCCCAGCACAAUUUGGACAUGAGAAACCCCACUUCCCUUCCCCUGGCCAAAGCAGAUCCUUCUGAGAAAAGCCAUUACCCCCACCAGACAUUGUUUUGGGCUCACGGAACAGGGACAGAUGUGUGCUCCCUUAGCACCCAGGCCCCCCCCCAAGGCAAAGACAGUGCUGACUCUCAUGACUAUUUGCACAUGGGUUUAGUAUCAGGAAGGACCAGGCAAGGUGGCUGCCCCCCGCCCGAGUCACGGGGACACUGACCACCCUAGACAGAGGGGUUCUAGCUCGGAAGCCCGGUGAGGGUGGGAGAGAGGUGUGUGGGGGACAGGGAGCAGCCUAGGGCAGACUUGGCUAGAGAUGUCUCCAAAGCCCUCCAUCACAUUCACCUUCAGUUUUUGUGUUUUGGGACAAUUACUUUAGAAAAUAAGUAGGUCGUUUUAAAAACAAAAAAUAUUGAUUGCUUUUUUGUAGUGUUCAAAAAAAGGUUCUUUGUGUAUAGCCAAAUGACUGAAAGCACUGAUAUAUUUAAAAACAAAAGGCAAUUUAUUAAGGAAAUUUGUACCAUUUCAGUAAACCUGUCUGAAUGUACCUGUAUACGUUUCAAAAACACCCCCCACUGAAUCCCUGUAACCUAUUUAUUAUAUAAAGAGUUUGCCUUAUAAAUUUACAUAAAAA